GCGGCCCCGUGCGUGCUGCGGGGCGGCGGGCGGGCCGCCCCCGCCGCGGGCCCGCCUCGGCCGCAGCCGCGCUGAGGCGGCGGGCGGAGAUGAACGCAUCGGGGCGGCUGCCGGCGGGGGGCGAGGAGGAGCCCCCCGGCGCUUCGCUGCUGCCGCUGAGCGGGAACGGCAGCGCGGGCGGCGGCUCUGGGGAGCUGCGGGAGGGCACCCACGCCGCCACCCUGGCGGCCUGCGCCUCCCUGCUGGCCCUGGUCUUCUGCCUGGGCUCCUACGGCAACCUCAUCGUCCUCCUGUCCUUCUUCGACCCGGCCCUCAGGAAAUUCAGGACCAACUUCGACUUCAUGAUCCUCAACCUCUCCUUCUGCGACCUCUUCAUCUGCGGGGUGGCCGCCCCCAUGUUUGCCUUCGUCCUCUUCUUCGACUCGGCCCAAGGUGUGCCGGGUGCCUUCUGCUUUACCUUCCACCUCACCAGCUCCGGCUUCAUCAUCAUGUCGCUCAAGACUGUGGCGGUCAUUGCCCUGCACCGGCUGCGCAUGGUGCUGGGGAAGCAGCCGCACCGUGCUGCCUCCUUCCCCUGCACCCUCCUCCUCACCCUGCUCCUGUGGGCCACCAGCUUCACGCUAGCCACCCUGGCCACUCUGAAAACUCGUGGCUCCCGCCUCUGCCUGCCCAUGUCCAGCUUCACCAGCGGCGAGGGGAAGGUCAUCCUCUACCUCUACGUCACCGACUUCAUCUGCUGUGUGGCCGUGGUGUCCGUCUCCUACGUCAUGAUCGCCCAGGCCCUGCGGAGGAAUGCCCAGGUGAGGAAGUGCCCGCCCGUGGUGGCCGUGGACACCUCCAGACCCCAGCCCUUCGUGGGGCCCACGGCUGCUGGGGUUGGCACGCAGAGUGCUGUGCCCGCCUUGUACAGGAACCAGAGCUACAGCAAGCCACAGCACAUCCAGACGCACGGCUACGCUAAGCACCUUGGCCAGCCGCCGGCCACCGCUGCCGGCCGGAUCCAGCUGGUGCCGGCGGUCAAUCUGUCCACGGCCAAAGACUCCAGGGCAGUAGUGACAUGCGUUGUCAUCGUCCUCUCUGUCUUGGUUUGCUGCCUGCCACUGGGCAUCUCUUUGGUGCAGGACAUGCUGUCCAGCAGUGGUGGCUUUGUUCUCUACCAGUUUGAGCUGUGUGGAUUUACCCUCAUUUUUUUCAAAUCUGGAUUGAAUCCUUUUAUAUAUUCCCGUAACAGUGCCGGACUUCGGAGACGAGUCCUCUGGUGCCUGCAGUAUGUAGCCCUUGUCUUUUUCUGCUGCAAGCAGAAGACGAGGCUUCGGGCCAUGGGCAAAGGCAGCCUGGAAGUCAACAGGAACAAGUCAUCCCACCAUGAGACCAAUUCAGCAUACAUGUUGUCUCCAAAACCUCAGAAAAAGUUUGUGGACCAAGCCUGUGGUCCUAGUCACUCCAAGGAAAGCGUGCUGAGUCCCAAGGCUUCUGUCGGGCAUCAACACUAUGCACAGAGCAGCUCAACCCCCAUGAACACCCGAAUCGAGCCCUAUUACAGUAUCUAUAACAGCAGCCCUUCCCAGGAAGUGAGCACCCCAAAUAGCUUACAGCCAGUGAACUCGGCUUUCGGAUUUGCCAAAUCCUAUAUUGCCAUGCAUUAUCACACCACCAACGACUUGGUGCGAGACUAUGACAGUGCUUCGACUAAGCAGAUACCAGUGCCCUCAGUGUAACCUUAGCAAAGGGUUCUGAUCUAGCUGAUCCAGUGGGUCCCUGUCUUUGCUUUUGUUAAUGAUUAUUCUGAACUCAACGAUGCUGUACUGCAUCAUUUAAGUAAAUGCCACUAAUGCUAACAUCCAGCUAUUUGCACUUGAAGUGAGUAUUAGGAUAUUACUUCCGUGAAGCUUUCUUGAAUUUCUGCUGCAAGUCAAGAAGGGUGGUAUUUUAGAUUUGCAUUUAGAAUUGUUACAUCAGGGUGGUUUUGGUACUAAAUUUACUGCUGGACAAGUAAAAAAAAAAAAGUAACUGUGUUAACUAUAUGAUUAAUUGCGUCACGAGGCAGAGUAUCAUCUCAGAGAACAAUCUGAGGCUGUGCCAGAUGUAUUACCUGUUAAAUUGCAUACUUGCCGUAUUUUCAAGAAGGAAGAAUUGGGAGGAUUCUUGGUAAUACGAUACUUAAAUUUAAACUCUUUCCAUUGAAGAAGGUUAAAGAACUGGUGGUAUUUUGUUGUAGCAAGUGUCAGUAAUAACAAAGGUCCUUUCUAUAUGCAGGGUGAAAUCCUGAUUCCAUUGAGGUAAACAGCAAAAUUUGCAUGAACUUCAACUGAAGUUUAGGACUUCAGUCUCGGUUUCCUAAAGCAGAACAAAGUAUUUUACAAACAGCAUUGUAUUGCCACUGGGGCACUGUUGAAAAGUGUUGUGGCACUGUAGUAAACCUCUGGAGUAUAUACAGUAAUUUCCACUGUACAUUAAUUUUAAGGAUUGGUGGCGUUAAGUAUCCCCAAAUUAUAUAAUUGGAGAAGUAUCUUAUGUCUGAUAGGAAUAACUGUACAAUACCAAAUUACAGGUUUUACUUGAAGAUAAAGAUGGGUGUUGCAAUAUUAUAGUACUGGUACGCUAUCAGUGAUGCAGUCACAUCUGGAACUUUCCAAUUCGUAAACUGUUACGCAAAGAGUAGUGUUGCUGAUUGCUUUUUUGUCUGUGACUUUGUAUAAAAGCAGGAAUUGGAGGGAUUCAGCUAUGAUAUUCCUAACAGGUAGGACUGACCGUUAUUAACACGUUCAAAAAUAGAAUGACCACAUAACAAGAUGACUCCAACUUUUUGAGGUUUUCUUAAGAAGUCUAACAAUCAGUUUGAUUUAAAAAUUAAUACUCUGUCUACUUACAAACUUUAUCUGUUGGUCUACGCAGUGGGCAAAUGAACAGAAGUUAAAUAUUUUUUUAUAAGUCCGACCAUUUGUGUUGUGUCACGUGUUGUGGGAAUUCCUCGUGAAAAGGAAUGAUUUGGAGGCAUUUAAAUUCCUGACAAUUACUGCUUUGAGCGGUCAGUUCUUUCCAAAACAAGCGAUCACCUUUCGACUUCUACGGAAUUCAGCAGAGCCUUCGUAUCUCUGAAAUAAUCAUGCCACAGGCAGCUGGUGCCUCAUUAUAGGAAGAUGCCUCAUCUUUAGCAAAAUUACAGUGGUGGAAAAGGUGAUUUGUUAUUUUAGAAACAAAAAACAUUCACAUCAUUGCUGUGUGUGAGUUGUUGUUUUGGGCUAUUUGUUAACUAAACUGUUUUCCUGGAAGACUAUUACACUAUGAACACUGGUCUUUGUUUAACACUCUGAAUUUUAAUUAAUUUUGAAUAACUCAAGUCAGCUUUCUUGCAAGAAAAUGGAUGUGAACAACUUUCUAAUACAAAUGUUACAUUGACAUUAUUUCCUUAAGUCUUUUCUCUCUGCCCAGAUAUUUUUCUCUAUAAAUGAAUAACAUGGUUCUUUCUAAAGUAAUUAUAAAAGAUAACUAAAAGCUCUGUCUUGCUUGGUUUUUCCUGUCGUUGCAUUUCUCUUUAGUACGAAGCGUACUAAUUUGGAGGGAAAAAAAUAGGUGGGAUCCUGUUGUUUUGUCUCAAACUAUAUCUUCUUAGCAGCAAUGACAGUGUCAGAUGGGAAGGAGUAUAGGACAGGACCCAAACGUGGUUGCAAGAUGGGGUCCUGCGUGUACUUUAAGGGAGUUAAAGGUAGGCAUUAGGACUGGUUUUAACGUUAAGCAGAUUUUGUGUUUGCUGCAUGUAUAUACGACUCCUGCUGUGCUUUUGUUUUGGAUCACGUGAACUUCAUCACAUGAUGGAAGAUUAAAGCCUUCGCACCUUGUUCACAAAAGUCAUUUGCAUUGAGUAGUCAUGUGGGAGUAAAUCAGGAAGAGUACAGCUCUUAGAUGGGAGGAGUUUUU